AUGGUCACCUGGCAAUCUAAGGACCCACUCACCGAUGAGUUGGUUCCCUACACCAAGGAACUUAGCGAGCUAUUGGAAGUGGCGUUCCAAAGAGGUGAGCCUUCAUACACGUUCUCUCUCGGUGCAAACCGUUUUACCGUUGUGUUUAGCAAAAUGGUUCAGCGGAACAGACGUGGAGGGGAGCGCCGUGUGCGACGUCUCGUUGGGAGUACACCCUGUUGUUUGAAUAGGGUUCCGGUGGUAAACGACGACACCCUGACAAGUGUAUUGAGGAAUUGCGCACGACUUGAUACCCAAUUGAGAGCUCUAGAGAAGAGUCUUCUGACUGAAGUAUCUAUGGAUGGCGUAGAUACUCGGCCCUUCCUGGAUGUGUACAACGUACUUCUUGGCGUCAUGCAAGAUCGUUUUCUCGUUAAUAAAUACGGUGGCUCAGCGGAAGAUGUACGCCUUUGCUUACGUGGCGCCAUGGAGCCUGUUCCAAACUACUACGCAAAUAUCACCCACGGCUCGGUGUAUCGACGAAUUGUACUCUCCAUAUUGGGCUUGCGCAACCUAGUAUUUGCAGGGGUACCCAUAUUCGCUACGUUACAAAAAAAGAAGUUUUCCAGUGGAGCAGACGAGUACAAGGAAAGUGAGGGACUUCCUCUCAUGCGUUCAUUGACGGGUAAUACAGUAGAUCUGGACACUGUCGUUAUGAAUGUCCCUGUGUAUUUGAAGUCGCUUAGUGCAAUGUUAUCUAAAGAUGGCCAGCCAAUUUUUCCGACGACAGAGUCUUUUCUGCAGAGUAAUCUGUGUCGUGAAACUGUCUUCACCGUGGCUCGCUGUUUAAUAAGUUCAUUCGUAGAAGAUUUGCAGUUGGCAGAGUCCGAAAUGGCUUAUCGUCAGCUUAUUUUGAAUGAAUCAGAACCUAUUCAUGUUGCCAAAAGGAAUAGUGAUCGAGGUAGGCACCCGGUUUGGCAUUAUUUGAAUGCGCACGUGUCGACGUUCCAUGUUAACGUACCUAACAUUCCGGAUAUUGUUGGUGCAUUGCUCAAGUCUCCAUUUUAUCUCCCUAAGGCGAUUGCUUUGAGCAUACAGAACAGAGGGAAUACGGAGGAUGUUUGGUUAGACAUAGUGGAGAAUGCGAUUAGUGACAGUUGCUUCAAUGGGAAGUGGAAAGCAGUGGAACAGUUUCUCGCCACAGCGGAGGAAUAUAAUAGUAUUCCCACAGUUCUUUUUCGCCUUCAGAGAGAUGCAAGGGACAUUUUCACCCCAGUUUUUUUGUACAAAGAUGCAGCGCGAGAAAAGGAACGUGCAGUGAUGAAGAGGCUUGUCUUUGAGCGUCAAUUAUGCGGAUUUGACCCCCAAACCAAAACUACGCGACUUAUUCGAGAUGAAGACAUUGAGGAGUGGGUGAGGGCAACAAACUGA